AUGAUAAAGAUCAGGCACAAACCAAAACCGCUGAGGGAAACGGUCAAGGUAGAAACGAUAACUAUAUCUCUGGUGAGAGUCGGCGUACUCAAGUUGACCAAGGAUUGGCUAAUAACGACCGGUCAACUGGAGAAGAAGCUAAUUCUGUUGACAACACCCAACCUGGAGGGACACCUGGAAAUCAAAAUGAACAACGAUCCGAUUCUUCUCUUGAAUCCACUUCACUUGAUGCAGCCACUCAUGAAAACAGUGCCACGAAUAAACCGACAACAGGCACACAGGAUUCUCAAUCAAACAGUGGUACAGGUGAUGCCAAUAACUCAGCGAGCACAGACUCUGACCCACCCACUCCACCCACUGAAGAGGAAUCAACCACCACCACCACCACNCGCUCUCCUGCUCUCAUGUGCGUGUGUGCACGUCCUCGCUGAAGAAGUGCCUGCCGCCGAUCUUUCCGACCAAGUCCCUGAUACGGAGAGUGAGAGAAAGAUUAUUCUUCAAGGAGCUCCUGAGGCCCAACUUUAUCCUAAUUGCACUGGUGGUCACACUGAAACUACUACCAUUGGUACUUGUCCUUCUGUAUCACAACCAGCACCAAAAGAAGUUGUUCCUGAAAAAAAAGUACCGCCUGAUCCUGUUCCUGGUACCCCUGGUGAAGCUGAAUGCUCUGCUGCUGCUCCUGAGGCUUCUAAUCAAAAUUGUCGUACUUCCACUACUACAAGUGGAUCUACUGGAGGAAUAAAAGGUGAUAGUGCAGACACACAAGGACUACCAGCGGUCUCACAAAGGACUGAGACGGACAGUGGUGUACAAAGCCCACAGGGUCCUCCCAGUGCUGCUGCUCCCUCUCCUGGUCCUACUUCUGAUUCUCCUGAUAUUAAGGGAAGUGGUGCUGUGUCUGCAAGUGAAAGGCAAGCUGGAGGAAGUGUGGGAAAUGCAAAUGGAACAGCAGAACAACCUUCUACUAACGGUUCAACCACAGAGUGCAGCUGA